AUGAGUGUUCCAGCAAACCCAAAGAAAACUGCUCCACCCCCAAUUGUUAAGUUGAACAAUGCCUUCAAACUGGCUGAGGUAUGGGUAAAGAGUAUGAGCGGAUCCGUGGAUGAUGAAUCAACAAAUGUUAAUACGGCGGGUAGACCUCAUAAGCUCGGUCUAGGUGCAAAAGUUCCUCGGCAAUCCAAUGUCGGGCUUUCAAAUGACCCUGUUGAAAGGAAACUGCACGCCAAAUUGGGUGCUGAUAAAAGAAAAGCAGCCAAUGUUGCCAAAGAGUCUAGUCCGUUUGUGAGUGAUGACGAAGACGACGAAGAUGAAAGCAGAACUAAUGCUUUUGCCAAGAGAAAGGCAGCAGUUCCUUUGACACCGCCUAUACUGGGAAAUAAGAAAAGGAAGCUGCACACUAAUAUUAAACCUUUUUAA